AUGCAUAAUAUAAACCCAUGUCUUGCCGAGAUGUCCAACGCUGUAUUCGAUGCGGAGUCCAACACUGAAAUGGGAAGCUGUAUUGAACUACUGAACUUUAUUGUGCUCGAUGAUCCAGUCUUCAUUGCAAAAAAAACUGAUUGUCGAUAUUUGUCACACUUUUGUGGCCUCGAAUUACUUCAAAAGUCUGAAUCGUGCUACCAGUCUUAUCUAUUUGAUAAGUGUAUGAUGGCCACUGCCAAAUAUUUACGCAAUGUCAACCACGACAUUACCUUCUUUCCAGGAGAAAUUAAACUCAACCCCAUGACCACACAACUAAAACAGAAAGGAAUGGAUGACGGCCGAUAUAAAUAUAAUGCUGAUGGAACGCUCAUAGACAAUGAUUUCUCUGCAAUUGAAAUAUUUUUGACCGAAGUGUCGUCUGGCUAUGGCUCAAAUGAGACUGGAAAAAUACGUUUUGACCAUUAUAAAGCCGUGUUAGGGAUGUUGUCUAUGAUACGAACAGUGACGCAGUCAUACGACAAAGCCUCAUUCAACACUUUCACAAAAUUGGAGAUCCAUUUUCUGCAUGCCCAUGGCAAUUCCAUCAGACAUUGGUCAAUGUCAACACAGGCACCAGGUAUCUAUAUCAUGGCCAAAGAGCAGAGGGUGAAGGUUCCUACCAGUUUCCCUGAAAAAGAUAUUACAAUUCUUCCGUUUAUCUGCUUCUUUAAAACACUUGCUAUUGCUUGCGAGGAAACUUUAUCAGUGCUGAAGGAACUGAAACAAGAGCAUAAAACCAUUUUACGAUCAAAGAACCAGAGGCCACAAAACUUUCUAGUAUCAUAA